AUCUGUGUUAUAAAAGCGCGUCUCUGUCUGAAGAACAUGAUCACAGGCACAUCUCAGAUGGACGGCUGCAUCCUAGUGGUGGCGGCGACCGACGGUCAGAUGCCACAGACGCGUGAGCACCUCCUGCUGGCGCGGCAGAUCGGCGUGGAGCACGUUGUGGUGUUCGUUAACAAAGCCGAUGUGGUGGAGGACAAGGAGAUGCUGGACCUGGUGGAGCUGGAGAUCAGAGAGCUGCUCACAGAGUACGGCUACGACGGUGAAAACACACCAGUUAUUACUGGAUCGGCACUCUGUGCUCUAGAGGUGAGGAUAGCGAUGGAGUGAUUUAAUUAUGUUUCCUGAAAAAGAAACUAAAAAUGCUGAAAUAUUGUAACAACUAGUCACUGAACACCAAUAAUAAUUACUAAGAACUGAGCAGCAACUCGGCGUAUUAGAAUGAUUUCUGAAGGAUCAUGU